AUGGUACUCGGUGUGAUAUUGACAUUCUUGGUACUCAGUAUUUGGGCAGUGACUGGAUUUGUGGAACCGAUUUCCAUUAAAGGUAGGCAUUUCUAUGGGAGCCAAACCAAUCAACCAUUUUUCAUCAAAGGAGUUGAUUAUCAACCUGGCGGAUCAUCUGGCGUCUCUGGCGGAACAGACCCUCUUUCCGACCCGGAAUCGUGUGCAAGAGACAUAGCUCUAUUCCAAGAUUUGGGAAUUAACACGAUUCGUGUUUAUUCUAUCAAUCCUAAUUUGAAUCAUGAUAAGUGUAUGACACUCUUGGCUAUCGCUGGAAUUUAUCUUGUCUUGGAUGUGAACUCACCAUUAAAGAAUCAACAUUUGAAUAGGUAUGAGCCUUGGAGUACCUACAAUGAGCUCUAUGCUGAGCAUGUUUUUAAAGUUGUUCAAGAAUUUGCAGCUUUUAAUAACACUUUGGCAUUUUUUGCUGGAAACGAAAUUGUAAAUGACAGAAUAUCCGCUAAGGCAUCUCCGAUCUUUAUUAAAGCUUUGGUAAGGGAUAUGAAAGCUUACAUGGCAAAUCACAUUGAAAGAAUUGUGCCAGUUGGGUACUCUGCAGCAGAUGAUCUAUUAUUUCGUACAUCUCUACCAGAUUACUUACAAUGCGAUGAAGGAAGUGGUGAGGAUACUUCCAUUGAUUUUUAUGGUGUCAAUUCUUAUCAAUGGUGCGGUAAGCAAACUAUGCAGAGCAGUGGAUACGAUAUUCUUGUCAAGGAUUAUGAAAAUUUCCCAAAACCAGUUUUUCUUUCUGAGUAUGGAUGUAAUACCAUCAGACCAAGAGGAUUUCAGGAAGUUGAAACAAUUUAUUCUUCGGAUAUGACUCAUAUUUUCUCGGGUGGUUUAGUCUAUGAAUUCCAUCAAGAAGCAAAUGAGUAUGGUUUGAUUAAAUACGAUUCAUAUGGGAAUGUCCGUUUAUUACCAGAUUUUCACUCCCUCAGAAAAUCCUUCUCCAAUUUACAAAUCAGUUAUGAUAAAGGUGUUAUCGAAAAAGAAAUUAAUGGCAAAAAAGGAUUUCUCAGUAAAGAAGUUAUGACUAAAGCGACAGCUUGUGAUAGUGAAUAUGAAAAUAUUGUUACUGAUUCAAAAUUACCAGAUAACCCAGAAAUACGAUCGAUGAUUGAAACUGGAGUUGUAAGUGAUAAGGGAAAGUUUGUUCUAUUAACAAAAAAGGAUUUGAGUUCUAAAUUUAAAGUUUUUGAUGUGAAUAAUAUUCCUUAUGGCCAAGCCACAACUAUCAAAAUUGCGGAUUCUUCAAAUCAGAAUAGAGAAGAAAUUACAACAAUUUCAAGUGAUCUGUCAGAAAAGAAGAAGAAGAAGAAAUCAAAAAAUGUAAUUAUGAAAUUUUUCUUCAAAAACGAUGGUAGCGAACCCCAUAGUACCUAA